GGUGGCAGGCUACCCAGCAGUAUUACAGUGGGAGGAAACUGUCUCCCUGUCCAAGCUGCUACAGAAAUUGAAGAGAGAAGGGAUGGUAAAAAAAAAAAAAUACAACAAACAAACAAAAACAAACAAACUGCACUUUGCUCGGGCCAGGAAGAAUUGCCCUGUUCUGUACAGUCUCUUAUAACUGAACAACCAGGCAUAUACGUUGCUUGUGGGAGAGGGCAGGGCAUAUACAUUGCUUGUGGAGGGUUGGUUGUGUUUUGUUUUGUUUUUUGCAGGCCAAAUGCAGUGAGUCACUUGGAAUGUCAAAGCUGCUUGUGUAAACUUAAAUUUGCUGCACUGAUUUAAGCUGUUCCUGGAGGCCCAGUCUGAGAUUACGGACCCCAUAGUGCUAAGAGCAGUGGAUGCUCCUAGCAAGACAGUCUCGGCCCUGACAGGCUUGUGAUUUAAAUAGACAAACCAGGCGAAGAAGGGGAGGGGAGGCAGAGGCACAAAGCGGUGAAGUGAUUUGUUCAAGGUAUAAUUGCUGAGGCUCCCUAAAAUGGCUUUACGCUUCCGCACUUUCUUCCCGUACGCCUUACCUGGAGUGCUGGCACUUAUUGGUUGGUGGUGGUUUUUUUCUCGUAAAAAGGAGCGUACAAGCAAUCAUGACAGGCAAGCAUUAGCUGGCGUGGAAGAUCAGAGGAUUGAACCUCCCAUAAAGGAACCUCUGUCCAGAGCAGAAGUAAAUGCUACUAAAGAACUGCCUGUGCCCUCAGAAGAGGACUGCCCAGAGAAUGAAACCUUGACUUCCCAGCUGUCCGUAGGGUUAAUGACACCCUCUCUGGCAUGUGACGCUCAACAGAGAUUAGAUUCCUCCAGGAACCAUCCUGCCACCACAGUAACGACCGUCAAAUUGGGCACGUUUGAGGACGACAGUGAAAAACUAGAAAGAGCAGCGUCUCGAGAUGAAACCGGGUCCCUUGCACAAGUAUCUCCCCCUUCAGCCCCGAAGAGCGUAGAGUGCGGUGACAAUGGUGUGCUUGUUACCAAGCAGGAAUCAGCUUUCAGUGGAAUCCCAGAGCAGCAGCCAUUGGUGUGUUCCGUGAUAGAGUCAGUACAAGAGUCUUUGGGAAAGACUGGGGAAAGUGGUGAAGCAGAAAUGACACACGAUUCUCUGGAAAAUCCAUCAAAGGAAAUCCAGUGCCCAGCGGCCACAUCCUCAGACCUCGGCUCUGAACCAGAGGAUUCAGCCACCGCCCAACCUGCCAUUUUAGAUGACGAUGAUAGUAAGGAAGUCAAGGACAUUGUCCCUGGGCAGAGAGAGUCUGUAGUUGGGAAGUUACUGAAUAAUAGUGUAGAGUCUGCUGGCUUGGACCUGUCCAGGGAAGAGGAGAUGUCUGAGAUGACCGUCAGUACUGUGCUUAAAUGUCAUGGAAGGGAAGAGAAGUGCUACAGGGAUGUGCAGUCAAAAGGAGAUUGUUUGGAAAGAGAGAGAAUUGGAGGAGUGAGUUUGGACAAAGAUGAAGUUGAGAAAAUAGAGCAAGCAGCCAUACAGAUUAUUUCCAAAGUCAUCUUAGCAGCUACCGAGGAGGUGCUGUCUAGUUCAGUAAGUGAUGUGUCCAGUAGGAUCUGUGAAGUUGCAGUCAGCCGGGUUGAUAGACCGCUGGAGAGAGUGAGCAUUUCAUCCGAUGAGAUGCUUGCAGUGGAAUCUAGCGGAGGGAAGGAAGCAGUUUCCACAGAGAGUGUUGCAACGAUACCUGUUCCCCUAUCGGAAGAGAAACUCCAUCGUUACGUGUCGUAUUCCAGCUGUUUGAAAUAUGGGCGUUUAUCUAACCCAGUGCAGGUAGACCCAAAAGACCGUCGGCCAAAGAAGUCUGUGCACAGUGAAACACAAGGAGAUAACCGGACUUUGGUUACGAACAAUGGAGAGUCGUUCAAAGAGUCUCAUGCAGUAAUGGAGGAUUCUGGAUGCAGCGCAUCUACAUCCGAAGAUGGGAUGAACGUCGAGGAUCCCUUGCAAAGCACAUCACUGUCUCUCCUGUCAAGCCAGCAUUCGGACUUGCUGAGCAUGUCUGUGAUCCAGGACGCUUCUACAGAGCAAAACAUGGCACAGAGUGCGAAACCUCAGACCCCUAUAUUAGGGGAAGACAAAGUGCCAUACAGCAAUGGAGUGCUGAGAGGGGACAGCACAGAUCUGAGACAUGAGACGCACUGGACAGCAGAGACAGAUGCAGAUCACUCAGGAGGUUCAGAUGUAAAUAGCAUGGAUUCUGUGGACAGUGGCUGUGCCCUUGGGAAGACGGAGAGUUGCCAGAACUCCAAGCCAGGAGUAGAAUCCAAUAAGUCUGAGCUCACUAUCUGGGAGAUAGAGGUGCCAAAGCACUUGGUUGGUCGGCUGAUUGGCAAGCAGGGGAGAUAUGUGAGUUUUCUGAAGCAAACUUCUGGUGCCAAAAUUUAUAUCUCAACGCUACCUUACACCCAAGAUGUCCAGAUUUGUCACAUAGAAGGCUCUCAACAUCAUGUAGACAAAGCGCUGAGUCUGAUUGGUAAGAAGUUCAAGGAACUGAGCCUCACCAACAUUUACGCUCCUCCAGCUCCAUCACUGAUGCUGCAUUCCCUACCUAUGACUUCCUGGCUCAUGCUACCGGAUGGAGUCACUGUAGAAGUAAUUGUCGUUAACCAAAUCGAUGCAGGACACAUGUUUGUGCAGCAGCACACGCACCCUACGUUCCAUGUGCUGCGCAGUCUGGACCAGCAGAUGUAUGUCUGCUAUUCUCAGCCUGGAAUUCCAACUCUGCCAACUCCAGUAGAAGUCGGUGUGAUCUGUGCUGCUCCAGGCUUGGAUGGCGCUUGGUGGCGGGCUCAGGUUGUCGACUACUUCAAAGAUAACAAUGAAGUGGAGAUCAGAUAUGUGGACUACGGAGGAUACGAGAGAGUUAAAAUCGACACACUCAGGCAGAUCAGGUCUGAUUUUGUAACACUACCCUUCCAAGGAGCAGAAGUUUUAUUAGACAAUGUGGUGCCGCUUUCAGACGAGGAUCACUUUUCAUCAGAAGCUGACUCAUCUGUUAGUGAAAUGACCAGAGGUACACCUCUGCUUGCACAGGUCACAAACUAUGACAGUGCAACAGGCCUGCCUCUUAUCCAGCUGUGGAGUAUGAUGGGAGAUGAGGUGGUGUCAAUAAACAGAGCUCUGGUGGAAAGAGGAUUUGCUCAGUGGAUUGACAGUUACUAGUAAACUCUGAGAGGCCCCAAGCGACCCUUUUUUCUAAAAAAAAAUAUAAUAAAAUAAAAUUUAAGAAAUCCCUUUUUUUGCACUGUAUUAGAAUUGGGUUUGGCAAUUCUGUAGGGAGGACCUGUUUGUUUACACCACUGCGCAAAACUCUGUGGUCCAUUGAGACUUGUUUGCUUGACUGUUACCAUUUCACUUGAAAUACAUACCUCAUUUCAGUGAAAGGCAGGGAGUUACUAAAAGCCAUAAAAAAGAUACUGUAGCUUUAAAACAAAACCUGUCCCUGGCCUAGUUCUAAGAGUUAUUUAAAAAAGGGGGGGGAGGGAGUUUUCUUGAAGCUAACAAAACACCCCUACCAUGUGUUAACUGGCUGCAGGUCUGUUGCACAGAUGCCCCAGAGGUUCAGUGGCUGCUUCUUCUGAAAGUGAUGUUGGCUGUUGCUUAGAAAUAGGUUUGCUGCCUAGAAAGCCAACACAAAAUAUGUAAAGGUUUUAAAGUUCAGUCGUCUAUUGACUUUUUUCCAUGUUGUGCCAUCAGUUUGUACAAGCUUUGUUAAUCUGAUCCGUAACUGAUGCUGGGAGACAUAUGAAUUGCAUUCAUGGCACUUACCCUGGCACACAUCUCAUGGUAGAAAUGUUUUAGACUGGAGCUGCAUGGGAAGAGAAUUUCAUCUGUGCAGACCUUUUGAAAUGUAGGAUGAAUUACCACUACAACCAUAGAUUGUAAAUCUGCUAUGUUCCAGAUCAUAUAUUUAAAAAAAAAAAA